AUGCAAUUGUCGACCUCCCGCCUGGGAGGAUGUAUUCUCUUUAUCCUCUUCAGUCUCGUUCAUGCUGAGCAGCUCAUCGAAGCCAACGGUCUCACGGCAUGCCACGGAUCCGAUAACUCCGAAAUCACAAUCAACCACAUGAGUGCGGUCCUCACGCCUGGAAACAACUCAGUCAGCCUGGUGUUUGAUGGAUAUUCUGGAGUCGCUGGAGAUGUUGUCUUGGACAUUGAUCUCUUGGUGUACGGGUACAAAGCGCUUUCGCAGAGAAUUGACCCAUGCAGCCUGGACCUGGGUGUUUUUUGCCCGAUGAAAGCAAUCGAGUUGCAAAUUCCCAAAUUCACCUACACCUUUGACGAUGGCGUACUUGAUCAGAUUCCAGGUAUCGCCUACUCCGUCCCCGACAUCGAUGCGGUAGUUCGCAUCAAGUUGAACAAGAAGUCUGGAGGGAGUGUCGCUUGUCUGGAAACCCGUGUUCACAAUGGAAAGACUGUUUAUCAAGCCGGCGUGUCAUGGACACUGGCCGUCAUUACUGGAUUGGGCCUCAUCGCUUCCACGGUCAUUUCACUUCUCGGACACUCCAACACUGCGACCCAUCUUGCUUUCCGAUCGCUGGCUUUCCUCGGCUUCAUUCAAUCCACGGCCAUGGGAGGGUUGCUUGCCGUGGAAAUUCCACCGAUGGCGCAAUCCUGGAUUCAGGAUACUCUUUGGAGCAUGGGGAUUGUCCAAGCCGAUGCGCUGGAGACAAUCUCGACCUGGUUCCAACGAGCCACCGGCGGUACACCCUCGUCUGUGCUUGCCGAAUCAGGCACUGUCUCGGUCGUUUUGCAGAAGCGAUCAUCCAUCCAGACGCGAGCCAUCCAAUCGGGUGCCCAAAUUGUCUUGCGUGGCAUCAAACGGGCCGGAGCACGAGCAUCCAUCACAUUGAGCAACAUCUUUAUGACUGGAUACCUGUUUUACUAUUUUGUUACAGCACUCGUUCUGGCUUGUGUCGGGCUCGCAUUAGUCGUCCGCUUCCUUCUAUCCAAGAGAACGACCUCAAUCACGAAGUUGGAAAAGGCUGUUGGUGCCACCGCAGACUGGAAGACCGUCAUGCGGAACACUUUCUUCCGACUUGCCUGCAUCGGAUAUCCACAGAUGUGUGUGCUGUGUCUGUGGGAACUGACCCAAAAAGAUUCCGCUGCGGAAAUCGUUCUAGCCAUCACCAUGUGGCUCGUGACCACCGGCGUUUUGGCCUUCGCUACUUUCAAGAUCUUCCACCGCGCGAUUCGAUCCAAGCAGCAGCACAACACACCCGCCUAUACACUGUAUUCUGAUCCAGCUACAUUGAACAAGUGGGGUUACCUGUACAUCUACUACCGUGCCCCGGUCUAUUGGUUCCUCGUCCCUAGCCUCGUCUACAUCGUCAUCAAGGGAAUGCUUGUCGCCUUUGGCCAGUCUAACGGACUUGCCCAAUCUAUCGUCCUCCUCAUCCUGGAGCUCGCAAUGAUGCUUGCAACCGGCAUUAUCAAGCCAUUCAUGACCAAGGGAGCAAACGUCUUUGCAAUCAUCGGAACAGUGCUGAAUUCCCUCAACGCAAUCUUCUUCCUGGUGUUCUCAAACGUCUUCAACCAACCCCCGCUCAUGACAGGUAUCCUCGGUGUGCUAUACUUCAUCUUCAAUGCGGCCUUCACUCUCGCGCUGCUCAUCUACCUCUUAGUCGGUAUCGUCUAUGCUGUCAUCUCCAAGUCUCCCGAUUCCAAAUACCGGCCUCUGGCUGAUGAUCGUGACUCCUUCCGCUGGUCUCGCACGGGAGGAAACACUGAGCUGGACCACCUUGAGAAGGUUGCAAGAGGCGACGACGCGGAAGCUCAUCCGAACUUCCCUGCUGCUCACACUGCCCCUCCCAGUGAUGAGGAUGUCUCCAUGGCGGCGCGGAGGCCCUAUAAUGAUGUUGUGGAUCCUUCGCUGCCACUCUUCCCCAACAGUUAUGAUGGUGGUCGGCGUCGGUCUUAG